AUGCUUAGCUCACGCACACACACCCGCGAGGUAGAACCUGUCCUUGCCAUAAAAAGCAAAAGAGCCGUAGUUGUGGCCGUUCCGCUCCUCGCGCCGAGCUUCUUGAUAGACAAUCCUAGAUCGCCAUGGAUGAUCUUGCCUGACCUGGUCAUUGCAGCGUUGAAAAUUGCUUUUGCCGCUGGUGACCACUACCAGUAUGCAUCCGGUUGCAUCCCUCCACUCAACAACCCCCGGAAGUAG